AUGAAAUUGGUUUUAUACACCAAGAUUUUCAUAGUGGAAAUAUAUUAUUGGAGAAUUGGAGAUUUAGGAUUAUUGCAACAUGCAAAUAAUACUACAGUGGAUAAAUUUUACGGAGUAAUCGCUUAUGUUGCACCAGAAAUAUUUUCUAAAAAAUCAUGUUCAAAAAAAUCCGAUAUUUAUAGUUUGGGUAUUAUUAUGUGGGAAGUUACAACAGGUUGUAGGCCAUUUGCUAACGUUGCUAACGCUCGGGCCAACAAUACAAAUUUGGCCAAAGUUGAACUCUUAUUUAUGAUCGAAAAUUCACCAAGAACAAUCAUUUUAACAAAUAUCCAAAGUAUUCACUAG